ACCAUGUCUGGACGCGGCAAGGGCGGGAAGGGCCUGGGCAAAGGCGGCGCCAAGCGCCACCGCAAGGUGCUGCGCGACAACAUCCAGGGCAUCACCAAGCCCGCCAUCCGCCGCCUGGCCCGGCGCGGCGGCGUCAAGCGCAUCUCGGGGCUCAUCUACGAGGAGACCCGCGGGGUGCUCAAGGUCUUCCUGGAGAACGUCAUCCGCGACGCCGUCACCUACACCGAGCACGCCAAGCGCAAGACCGUCACGGCCAUGGACGUGGUCUACGCGCUCAAGCGCCAGGGCCGCACCCUCUACGGCUUCGGAGGCUAAACUUCGGUUUGGCUCUCAGUUUCCCAAACCCAAAGGCCCUUUUCAGGGCCGCCCACAAAAGUCACGGAAGGGCUGUUGUGCGUUGUAAGAAUCUUUAUUUAUUUUUUUUUUAAUCAAAAACCACAAUUUGUUCCUCGUCAGGCUUCACGGUAACGACGUUCUGCGGCUAGACAAAAGAAACGGUCUUAAGGGGCUGGUCUUGCACGCGGCCGGCCCGGGUUCGAUUCCCAGCAUCCCUUAGCGUUCCCCGAGCACCGCCAA